ACCCAGUUCAGAGUCGGGGGACACGUAGCGUUCCUCGUGUCAACUUCAACUGGGUUCCGCGGUCGUCCGCCGACUCGAUGCGGCGCUGACGUCCUUUUCGCUGUCUCCAUCGUUUUAUAUUAUUAUGUUUUCUACAGUAAAAUCAAGUGUUGUUUAUUAAUAUAACAUUAUCUGUGGAAACUGUAUUGAACAUCAUCGUAUCAAGGAUCGGAUUGCUUCUGUGAGGUGUACUGUACAUGCUUGUGUGUUAAUCAACAAAAUACUAUUGUGAAACGUUGGUCCGUGCUCGUUUAUGUUGAAUAGUGAUUAAAAGUAAUUUACUUUGCUUUUACCGUGUUAAGGGUCGGUGUUUAUCGAUCUUUUUGAGAGACAAAGCAGUGGAUUUUCAUUGCGGCGAGGAAUCAGCCGGUAAAACGAGAGGUGUGCGGAGAAGCCCGAUUCUUGUGCGGGAAUCGUUACCGGGAUGCCUGUGUGUCUAGUGAUGGUGCAUUGAAGUCGUGCCGGUACGUACGCAUAGUGUCAGUGUUAACUAUAGUGCCCGUAUAGUGCUUUAUCGGAUUGUGUCUCUUUUGGAUUGCCAUCGCGAAUCAUCACUAGAUCUACUUGGGAACGGGCUACAAUGGUGUGUGCGCGUGCGGGGCAGCGGGGGGCGGGCGGUGCUGAGCGGCGCGCAUGGCGGCGCCAAUGAGGGAGGGCGCGCCGGCCGGCGGAACUCGCCCCGCGCCCCACGCGCAUCCCGCCAACUUCGAGUACGAUGACAACGAGUGGGACAUCGGCAUCGGCGACCUUAUCAUAGACCUCGAUGCCGACAUAGAGAAGACUGACGAGGCGGGCGGCAUGGCGGCGCGCGCCGAACCUGAUGCACAGCGCACCGCGCUCAAAAUGAAGAUCAAGCGCACCAAGCCCGGCACUAAAAGCUCCGAGGCCAAACACGAGAUCGUCAAAUCUAACGAGACGAACGGCGAACCGAAGCCGCAAGCGCCGACUACUGCCGUGCCGCCCGCCGCCGCCAAGCGCGGCUCCGGCGGACACCGGCGGGACAAGGCAAGAGACAAACAUCAUCACCCGCACCCGCCGCACGACGUUAACGGCGUGGCGAGAGUACCCCCACCACCGAACGCACCGGGUCCCCCCGCAGCACCCUCGCCUGCGUCAUUACCCGCCGGCAGUACGACCACUCCCACGGUUCCCAAGCCCGAGCAGAGGCCGGCGGCAGCGCCCCGGCUGGAAGCUAAGCCUAUGGCACCCACGCCAUCCCCACAGUCGGCGGCGACAGCGCCUGCGCCACCGCCGGCUCCCGCGCCUCCUGCGCAUCUCCCUCAUCCUCCACCUCCUUCUAAACCUGAACCUGAUGACUCAAGACAAGAAAAUCAAAACAUACAGCCACCAGCCAAGAAACAAAAAACGGAACCCAAGGAGACUGCAGAAGUGUGUGUGGGAACGUCAGUCGGCACAAUCACUGAGCCGGACUGCCUCGGGCCCUGCGAGCCUGGUACCUCGGUCACACUGGAGGGCAUCGUCUGGCAUGAGACGGAAGGUGGUGUAUUAGUUGUAAACGUGACGUGGCGAGGGAAGACUUACGUGGGAACCCUACUGGAUUGCACGCGACACGACUGGGCGCCACCGCGGUUCUGUGAUUCUCCAACGGAAGAAUUAGAUUCGCGCACACCUAAAGGACGAGCGAAACGUGGUCGCGGGGCGGCGCCCACGGACAUGACGAAUUUCACAGAAACGCGAUCAUCAGUCCACAGCAAACUCCGAAACGGGGGAGCGAAAGGCCGAAGAGCUUUGCCGUCACCCACUCCAUUCACUCCGCCGAGACCGGAUUCGAAAAGAAAAAGAAAUUCAGAAGCGGACGAACGACCGCCCACGCCGAAGGCGAAGCGGCCGCCGCCUACGCCGUCGUCGCCGCCGCCCGACCCGAUCCUUCUCGAGUGUCCCGAACCGAAUUGUUCCAAAAAAUACAAACACGCGAACGGUUUGAAAUAUCAUCGAUCACACGCACACGGUUCGCCCGAUGAGGAAGACAAAGACGAGUCCAGCUCGGAACUGGAAGAGCCUGCGGUGGAGCCAGCUUCGCCGGCGUGUCCGCCGUCCGAGCCCGCCACGCCCGCCACCCCGGUCAAAUCUCCAACUCCCGCAAAGUCCCCGGAAUCUAAGAGCGAGAAGUCUCCAGAAAAGUCGCCAGAGAAGGUGGAGACAAAUGCGGAGUCCCCCGCGCAGACAAGAUUCCCAGAGGAGAUGGCCGCGACGCCGGAAACACCUGCCCCCCCAGAGCGUGCGCAUACCCCGCCCGCACCCCCUGCCACGCCGCCUGAGCCUCUGCCUUCCUUACAGACUACACAAUUUAAGGUGAAACCUAGAUCAGCGUUGAUGCCGUCAGAGGAUCGUAAGUCCACGGAAUCUCCUCCCGGCGAGUCCCCGGGUAAGCGCCGGGCGCGGCGCUCGCCGACCCCCGGGGUGCGGUCGCCGGCCUACUCCGACAUCUCGGACGACGCGGCGCCCCCCGACGGAGCCCCCGAUACGGACACCACCCACAGACCCUUCCCCGUCUACCACCAGUAUUACGGUCAGCCGUCGUAUCUACCGCCGAGUCACCCGGCGACAGGACCGCCUCCUACCGGGGACAAGAGCAAAGAAGAUCCGUCCAAAGGAGAUUCUAAAGGAGACCAUAAGGACGGCAAAACCGAUAACGGACCGCAAAAGGUGCUUCCGCAACAUUUCUACCCGUACAAUUACGUACCGAAUUUUCCGUACAACGUGGAACCGGGGACGCCUUUGGAAGACAAGAGCAAAGAGACUGACCGAUCGAAGACAACGCCCAGCCCUUUGGACAAGAACAAGCCCAGGGAGGGGAAAGACAACCAGAACAGACCGAACGACAACCAUCAGAUCCUCAAAGAGAGUAUUGAGAUGAAGGCGCAGAUGGGACCGUACGCGUUCCAGAGGCCUCCGCACGGGAGGGAAGAAGAAUUGAGGAGAUAUUACAUGAGCUUAGAGCAAAGAAGAAAAGACGGUGGGGGCGACUCGAAGCCUCCGAACCAGGGAGCAGGGGUCCCUCCCAGACCGGCGCCGCAGCCCGCGCACAAGUCCUCUGGAAAAGAUAAAGACGAAAAACCCAAGGACGACGUUAAAGUGAAGCAAGAAGGUCAGAAGCCGACGACGGAAACGCAAGGGCCGCCGCCCCCGCCCACGUCGCAGUACUACCUGCCGCCCUACAUGCAGGGCGGGUACGGCGCCCUGCAGUUCGAGCCGGUGUACCGCGGGCCGCUGUCCCCCAUGCUGGUGGGCGGGUACGGCGCCGGCUGGAGCGUGCCGCGGUACCCGGCGCCCGAGGACCUGUCCCGCCCCGCGCCGCCCAAACUGGACCUGCUGCCCCCCGCACACGCGCCCUACGCCUAUCCGCCCCACACCGGCCAUCCGCCCCACGCGCCCCACGCCUCCCACGCGCCCCAUACGCCGCACGCGCAACACAAAAUCCACGAGCUGCAGGAGCACGCGAAGUCUCCGUCGGGGAAGCCCCGCGCCGACGCCCCCAAGGAGGGCGCACGCUCGCCCCCGCCGCAGCGGCACGUGCACACGCACCACCACACGCACGUCGGGCUCGGCUACCCGCUCUACCCGCCGCCGUAUCCCGGCGCGCGAUAGCAGUCCUCGCGCCGCGUAGGUAGGACGCCGCACUGAGAGUAACCGAAGAUUGUGUGUUGCAGCGGCGGCGGUGUUGGCGAGCACGCAGGCCGUGGUCAACUCGUUUCCGACGCCGCCCAAAUGAAACGAGGGGCCGCGCAAACAAUGGAGCCUUCCCAGAGACGCCGCCCCGCGUCACCCCCCGCCCGCCCUCCGCUCCGAACUGACGCGGCAGUGACGCGACCGCGUAGUGAACUUAACCGAGAACAAUUUGCCGGAUAAUUGAAACAAUGAUCUCGCGUGACCCACGGAUAUGUGUAUGUGAUGUGCGCUUUGAAUGUUCUAGAAUGUUUCCGGAUAGUUACCCGCGAUAGGGACCGAGUGCGAGGGGGCGCGAGGCGAGGACCGGCCGAGCGCCCCCCCGAAUGAACCUUCACUAGUGGAAGCACAAACUAGUACUUGUAUAUAUUAGUGUUAUGUGUAAACGAUAAUAAUUAACGUUCCGUUAAUAAUUUAAUGUAAUAUAAAACGUCGAAGGGUUUGUUCUCCACGCCGGGCGUCGUACUGAAGAUUGAAGCCCCCCCGAAGGACCGAAUCGAAGUGAUCACGGACGAUACCUUUAUUUAUGAAUACAGCAUUCCACAGAGACGAGAGCGAACGUAGUUUAUAAAAAAUUAAAUAUCGAUUAAUGUUUAGGUAAUGAUAGUGCACCGUGAGAGCGUCAAUGUGAUCGUAAUAAUAUGAACGUAGCGUGCACAAAUCGUAUUAUGUCUGAUAGUGAGGAAUCAUUCAAUGUAUCGUAGAGAGCAUCCUAUAGAUUUGUGGAGUGUUUGGACAUCGCUGUGCGUGUGUUUGUCUGUCUGGCUUUUAAAAGUUAAUGUAAAAAAAAAAUUAAUUAAUCUCAUAGUCCGAUAUUCUCUGAUACUAAAUCCGGUUUCUGUUUGUGUACCACACAAUUGCACUUAAACGCAUUUAAUGGUACUAUUAAAGAGCGUUGCUUCUCAACCAUUGAGCUAUAGAAUUUUAGUAAGAAAGUUCACUAAGAAAACCCAUUAAUGUAUUGGUUUCGUUUAAUAAGUACAAAACGAAAUUUUAAAUUAUUUUGUUCAAAAAUUUUAAAUAAAAUUGAAGAUAAUCUAUUUUUAAAUAAUUAUGUAUAGUUUUUUCUUCAAAUUUCAUGACGUCGUGACGUCACGUCUGAAAGAGGCCGAACUGUUUCCACAGUAUAUAUAAUUAUAUUAAAGAAUAUCUAUGGUUUCCAACCUAAACAAAUUUUUUUAUUACUAUAUACAAUUACCUCCGAUCCUCAUUUAUGAAUGGUAACGCUUAAUGAGAAACGGUAUGGUUCAUUUAAAAUACUCCAAAAAAAUUUUGGGCGACUCUUGAAGAAGUUUCGAGGACGCAUUUCAGUCACAUCAUAAAUGUAAAUGAGCUCACUUAUAUUUUUGGUGAUAAUUUAAAUAAAGUUCAUUCGUUUCGCAUAUGUCUUUCUACUACUGCACUUUGGUUGAGAAGCGAUGUUCUAAAGCAUUAUGUUGGACGUUACUGUGUAUUAAAUGAAGUCUCCCCGCAGCGCCGUUGGGCUGACGUUUCCCUCCCUAGUCUUCCAAUUGGUUCGUUUGAAAGAUCCUGUGUGUUCACGUGAAUAAUUUUCAUAAUUGAUUAUUACUUUAAAUUGUACGCAAUGUUACGUGUCUGAAGUGUUAUAAUCGAGUGUGUCGGCUAAUGUUGCGGCCCUCUGUCACACUUCAAUUUAGUAGACAUUAUCAUAGAGAUUGACCUAUUGUAGUUAAAUAAUGGUAUUAUUUUCAUGACAUUUUAGUCAAUGUACGCGCGUACCUGUUUUCUUGUGUAUUAAAACAAUGUUUCGUAGAGAAUUCGGGGCCUAAACGUGUUGAUGCAAGCGACAGUUCCGUAAAGAACCAGUGAUCGUUAAUUUUCUUGUUAUAAUAAUUCUUAGUCGAUACCUACUUAAUGUUUAAAAUAGAAAAAAAGACUGUUGUAAAAGGCCAAUAUUGUAUAUUGUGUUACACAUUUAAUUGCUUCCAAACAAUGUUGUAAAUUUCGUUCCAUAUUUUAGUAGAUUAUUUUAUCUAUAUUUGAUUCCGCAAAGUAAGGACUUAUGAAAUAUUAGUUUCUUUUAAAAUAAUUUAGAUCUUAUGAUUUUUUUUAAUAGGCAAAUGUGUGGCUUUGAAGUUUCUUUAAUUAAAACUGUAUUAAUUAGCUAAACUUGAACAUAUCCACUUAGUGAAUCUUGUCUGUAUCGAAUUGUCUCAGUUGUAUAGGUACAUAAACAUUUUUACAACACUGUUUGAUAAUAAUGAGAUUAUUUACAAACUGUAUGCGAACAUUUGUCAUCAAAAGUGGGCGUACAGUCAUCUUUAAUUUUAAAUCUGCUUCAAAUGUUAGUUGAAAAGAAUUGUGUUUUGGGAUUUAAAAGCUUUCAAGCCGCUUAUUUCAAAAUGUCGAAUCAAAUGUCAAUCUUUAACGUUUUGAUUUGUUUCAAAAUUGCUAAUUUGAUAAAAUAGGUAAAAUAGGUAUUUUUAGACAGGACUCUAUUUGUUUUCUUGUUAUAUAUUUGUAAAACACUUUUUCUUUUUUCAACUAAUAUUGGAUACAAGAGUUACCACUCAAAUAUAAUGAAAUAACAAAUUCUCACUUUGAAUCAAUAUAAAAUUGUUGUUAAUGAUGGCUUACGCCUACCUUAUGAUUAAGGUAGUGUUCAAAAUGAUUGAUGACGAAAAAUCUACAUCCAAAUUGUUUGCAAAUCUUCAAUAAAAGAAGCAUUGGAACGCGAAAUGAAAACAUGAUUUCAGACGAUUUUAUGCUUUUCUCUUUUAAUAGCACGAUCUGAGAAAUUCAAAUUCGACUUUAAACUCACAGUACUCAUUUCCUUUCUAUGAUUGUUUGAAGAGUGAGUGUUUAAUUAGAUUGAGAGACGGGUUGAUCUCAAAAACGCUCGACAUUGUACGGAUGCAUAGACUGAGUUUUUAUUUUAAUCCUCACGCGACGCAAAUUACGCUUUCCUAUGGUUCGACUUACCAGUGUCUGAUGUGUGUAACAUCAUUGUAUUUAUAAAUGUAAUUUGUAUGGACAUUUGUGUAUUAUUAUUUUUUUGAUGUAACUAUAAAGCCAAGUUUGAUUUUUAUUAGAAAAGAAUUCGAGACGUUGGAAAAAAAGGAAUAAUAAAAAUAACAUUAUUUCUUAAAAAA